AUGGAGGAAGAAGGACAACAGCUAAAGUACUUGAAGUUGGCUUUUACUGGCCUACUCUAUUCAAAGAUGCAAGGAAUUAUGUCGCCACUUGCGAUAAAUGCCAGAGAAUCGCUUGAUGAGUUGGAAGAGUUCAGACUUUCAGCAUACGAAAAUACCAAAUUGUACAAGGAAAAGACAAAAAAAUGGCAUGACAAGCUCAUCCACCAUAAAGAUUUUAAAGUUGGAGAUCAAGUUCUGUUGUACAAUAGCCGAUUGAGAUUAUUCCCAGGAAAGUUUAAGUCACGCUGGACAGGACCAUAUACAGUAACAGGAGUGACCCCCUAUGGUGCCAUUGAAGUACAACAUACAGAUGGGGGAGACAAAUUCAAAGUAAACAGUCAUCGUUUGAAGCCUUAUAUCUUCUUCGACAAACAUGCUUCAACAAUCCUUCUUGCCUAA